AUGCCGGCUCCCAAGAAGAGCGAGCGCUACAACAAGCUGAGGUAUGGCUUCUUCUCCGCCUAUCGUCGCCUGUUCAGCGUCUUCUUCCUGGCCAAUAUCAUCCUGAUGUGUACUCUCGGCGCACUCUCGACUGUUCGUCCUGGUUUCUUCACCUACCAGCAUGCCGGAACCGCAGUCGCAGUCAACGUCUUCGUCACCUCUCUGGCCCGCCAUGAGCACUUCAUCAACUUGCUCUUCAAGAUCGUCGUCUCCAUCCCGCACAGCGCUCCUCUGAGCUUUCGUCGGCAUGCGAGCAAGAUCUACAGCUUUGGUGGAGUCCACUCAGGCUGUGGUGUCAGCGCCUUUCUGUGGUACAUCUGCUAUGCGACGCUCCUCCUCAAAGCAUUCUCCGAGAAUGCAGGACUGAUCGCAACGGUGUCCAUCAUGACCGCCUGCUUCAUCGUCCUGAUCGUUCUCUCCUACCCUCCGAUCCGCUCCCUCCACCACAACAGCUGGGAAUGGAGCCACCGCUUCGCAGGCUGGGUAGCAGUCGCUGUAUUCUGGGCGCAGAUACUCUUGGUCUCCUUCUCAGUCGGCCACGCCAAAUCCACCAAUCCAGGCAUGGUGCUCAUCACAACUCCAGCCUUCUACUUCCUCUGCGCAAUCAUGUACCUCCUCAUAUACCCCUGGCUCCGCCUCCGCCGCCGCACCUACGACGUCGAGAAGAUCUCCAACCACUCCGUUCGACUUUGGGUCCACCACGAUACCCAAAUGGCCACCUGCCGCGGCACCAGAUUAGCCACCAAUCCCCUCCUCGAGAACCACGGCUUCGCCACCAUCCCCAACGAGAACGGCGCACGCGGCUACUCCGUCCUCAUCGCCAAAAACGGUGACUGGACGACCAAGAUCGUCGAGGAUCCUCCCCGGUACCUCUGGCAGCGCGGUGCUCCCACCACGGGCGUCGCGAGCGUCUCCCUCGUCUUCAAGAAAGUCCUCUGCGUCUGCACCGGCACCGGCAUUGGUCCGAUCCUCAGCUUCAUCCAAGCCCAUCCCGAGUGGAACUGUCGCAUCCUGUGGACCGCUCGCAUGCCACAGGUGAGCUUUGGAAGCGCUAUCAUGGGUGCUGUGACCAAGUCGGAUCAAAACGCUCUGAUCUACGAUACCGCCAAUGGACGCUGCGAUAUGAGCGCUCUGACAUAUGCUGCGGCGAAGGAGAGUGAGGCUGAGGCGGUCAUCAUCAUCAGUAACCCCAAGCUGACGAAGCAGGUGGUGUAUGACAUGGAGUGCAGAGGUGUUGCGGCUUUCGGAGCGAUUUGGGACUCGUAG